AUAACCGGCAGGAGCAGUCAAGAGUGGAGAGCAGCGGAGAGAGCGGCCACUGCUUCCUGGAUGGAAACAACGCGCAGGGGCUGAGACACAGACACACACCGACACGGGCCAGACAGGAGCGAGCAGGACGCUCCCAACAUGCUUUCAGGUUUUUCUUCGAGCGCGGUAACGUGUGUGAGAAAGGCGGCAGCGGGUCUGCGGUGGAAUUAGGCGUUGACAGCGGAGGUUGUUACGACAGCGGGCUGUAACAACACAUGUGUGACUGGGAGAGCACUGCGGCUGUGGAUCUGGACUCGGGCAGCUCCUACACCCAGUGGUCCACAGGCAAGGAACAUGGAGGUUGUAGCUCCUCUCAGCCCCCAGCAGAAGGGCUAGCAGCAGCCUGAUUCCUCCUUCCUUCCCAUCCCUGCAUACCUCGCCCCACCAUGGCCAGCAGGAGACACACACCGAGCCGGGAAGCUGGGGAUUCGGCUCCGGGGACGCCCGAGGCCGGCAUCAAUCCAGAUCCAGGGCCCGAGGUCUUCUGCAAGCUGUGCCUCAGCGAGCAGCCGCCUGCAGCCACCAGGGAACUGCAGAGCUGCAACUGUGUCUUCUGUUCAGCGUGUCUGCAGCAGUAUGUUCAGCUGGCCAUCAUGGAGGGUGGGGGGGCCCCCAUCACCUGCCCAGAUAUGGCCUGCCAAAAGACUGGAGUGCUACUGGACUCUGAGAUAGCCUACUUAGCCCCAGAAGAUCAGGUGGAGCUGUAUCAACGUCUGAAGUUUGAGAGAGGAGUGCAGUUGGACCCCAGUAAAGCCUGGUGCCCGGUGCUUGAAUGCCAGGCGGUGUGCAGCUUGCAGCCGAGCACCGAGGGCCAGCCCACCGCUGUGCCGUGUCUGACCUGUCACGCCGUCUUCUGCUCUGGGUGCAGAGGGCCGUGGCAGGACGGCCACACUUGCCCCGAGCGCCAGCCCAUGAUGUCACCCUCACCCUCUCAUGAAAGCAGGGCCCGCUCUGACAGUGACUCUGACAUGCCAAUCAAGCAGUGUCCUAUGUGCGGUAUCUACAUCGAGAGGAACCAGGGCUGUGCACAGAUGCUGUGUAAGAGCUGCAAACACACCUUCUGCUGGUACUGUCUGCAGAAUCUGGAUGGUGAUAUUUUCCUGCGGCAUUAUGAUAAGGGACCGUGCAGAAACAAGCUGGGACACUCCAGGGCUUCAGUUAUGUGGAACAGGACGCAGGUGGUGGGUAUCCUGGUGGGGGUCAGCAUCAUCGUGCUGGUGACCUCUCCGCUCCUCCUGCUGGCCUCGCCCUGCAUCCUGUGCUGCGUCUGUAAGCCCUGCAGCGGGAAGAAGAAGAAGAAGAAGAGGAAGGAGGACCUCAGCCAGCCGGACUCCUCCACAUCAUAACAGCUCCCCCUCUCAUCAGCCCAGCCCAGGAUCACUCCUCUAACCUCAUGAGGAAAACGAGGGAGUGCAAGUGGGAAAGAUAAAAGUUGUGGAACAAUGGAGUGCGUUUUCAUGACUCGACAGACUCGACAGGAAGCCUUGCCUGUGGUUCAGUAAAGUCAUCUGGAUGAACUAAUAUGGAUUGUUCAUUUUAAAGCUCUGUGAGAGAGCUGCUCAGAAAUCACUCUUGGAGUGCAAAAGGGUGUAGUUUCUAUGGUGGAAGUGUAAAUAUGUGGAGAGCGAAUGUAAGUGACUUGCCUACAGCAGACGUUUUCAGAUGCACAGCGGGUACGGAGAGCGCAGAAGGCGGCUGUGAGAGUUUUCCUGGACAGGGCUUUUAUUCUGGCCCACCUCACUGUCACUCUCACACACAAACACACACACACACACAUACACACACACACACACACACACACACACUUGACACACAAAUGAACACAAUUAAGAACACCACCCUCAUGUGCCAAACGUCAUGAUGCCAAACCAGAGGUGUUAGGUGCUCAAGUGCCUCACUCUACAGUGCCUGGUGCUUGGUUGUAUUUCUUUUGCCUUCCAUUCUAUCUUUCUCUUAUGCAAAGAUUUUAGCAUUAUGAAAAUGGACAACCGUCAGGAUUACACAGGGUCAUAAAUCCCUAAACAAUGCAAAACAUUCUGUCGCGAUGGGAGAAGGUGAACGGCGCCGUGUGUGCACUGCAUAUUCUGUACUGCUGAGAAAUAUAAUAGGGCUUCAGUGGUGCACAGAGAACUCUUCUUCUGCUAAUGUCUGUUGUUUCCACCUGGCUAACGUUCUAGACCAAAGGCUCUAAAGGAUAAUGUGUACUUUUCUAAAGUGUGUGAAUAUGUAUUUAUGGGUUCAGUGUGUAUGGUUUCCUGUUAUGAUUUCUACGUUUCUGUUGAUGUUUCUGCAUCAGAUGUUUUAUAAAAGCGCCAUUGUAAUGGAAAAUAAACAUGCAUCAGAUGGUACUGUGUGUGCUGGUGACGCUCACU